GUGGUAUUAUGCAUAAAGUCUAGUCAAGCAAUCAAGCAAUCAAACAUCCGUUCAUAUUUUAAUUGAGAAGAAAAAAAAGAACAACAACAAGCGGGACUGGAGAAACAACAGGGUGAUACAGUGUUAACACGAUUUAAUUUAGUUCGUGAACAAGUUAAACAAUAUAGAGAAGAAAAAAGUAACGCGGACAGUUUGGUGACAUUCAUAUUUUCAGAAUGAAGAUCGGAACAGUUUGUGUGUGUUUUGUUGUGUGUGUCACACUAAUAAGCACGUGCUCAGGUGAACAACAUAGGGCUUAUGAGCGGGAAGCUAGACGGCGGAAGAAACGAGUUGGGAAGAAAGUCACACCUCCCCUAAGGUCGGUUGACAGAAAGAAGGAACAGGUCGAGGACGAUCCGACGGAUUUAUAUAAAUCGUUGUACGGCGGAGCAGUGACGGGCAUAGCAACGGGUGGGUGUAGUGGAAUGCAGAAUCUCCUUGGUGCCAUGUUCAUGUCGUCGGCGGACUUGAACGAUAUGGCGAUCCACAUGGUAGACGAGCUGGCGCCGGUGUCCGAUAGUAAGGGGGGGAAGAAGAAAAGCCGUUACGUGGUGAAGAACAGGAUCACACAGUCCAUAUCGCCGUUUGCAGCCGUCGGUGAUUCCGGAUCUUGCUGUGAGACGGUGCUUAACGUUACCGCCCCGGGGUUGGUGAUGGUGGACGGAAGGGAGAUGCCGGUUGUUCACAUGAACCAUUCAUACCAAUACUUACAGGAGGGUAAUUGCGUGAACGCUGGUUCCCGAUGUAGCGGUACGGGUAUUUGCACUCAGCGCUACAAGUACGCCUUCCUUUUGAUGUACGACAACGAUCUGAGUGGAAAAGUUGACCCGCCGGUCCGCUACGGCCGUGUCCCCGUCCGCUCACACUGCGAGUGUAUGAAUAUCGGUAACGCGGGAUAAGCAGCGUUCAGCAGCACCAAAAACCGGGAACCAAUUUGAAAGGCUGAAAGUCAAGUCGGAAUAAAUAUUUGGUCAAAAUUCGUCUUUUUCGAUUCAAUGUGAAAUGAAAUAAUUAGUUUCAUCAUAAUUGCGCAACUUCUUUUUUAUCUAUGAACUUUAUCAUCUUUGUUUUCGUUAAAAGUUCUAUCACAGUUAAAACAUUUGAAAAGUGCAUAUCAGUGCUAUUAAGUAUUGCUGUGGUGACUUCUCUCAUUGAAAUCUCAAUUGCUUUCCUUGGUGGUGUCGUCUGUUCUCAGAGCAACGAAUAAAUAUUGCAUUAUAUUUCGUUGCUUUAUAACAUUGUUUUAUAGUUAUGCAAAAGUGUUCAAUAUAAAAUGAUACGCCAGUGCCAGGCCCCUUCUAGUGUGCGUAUGCAAGUAUGUUUGUUAUUUGCUCUUGUUGUAAACGCAUUCUUGUAUGAAAAUGUUAAAAAGUUAUCAGACUUUUAGUCGUUAUACAUGCUUUAGGCAUUUGACGGUUAUAUUACAAAAUAACAUGUCAAUAAUAACUGUCACUUUUAAAGUGUCGAUAUUCAGUGUAUGCUGAGAUUGCUGGUAAAUUUUAGUAUAAAUAAAAUGUGUUGUAUA